AUGGUCCUGGACCAGCAGAUGCUGCACCUCAACCUCGAAGAUCGUCGGCCCGGCAAUUUCGCCAUGGUCGUUACGCCGCCCGCUGAAUCUGAGAUCAGAACGCCCGACAAAGUUACAGGACCUCCGUUGCAUGAUCGUGAGACUACUACCACGACGCUGUCGAGUUCCCCUGCAAUCACGCCCAAUGACCCCAUGAGCCGGAUUUAUCGCCACACGCCGACCCCGACAAUCGUGCUCGAUGGCUCGCUUCGGAUCAUUGAAGCAUCCGAUAGCCAUUUAGCUCUAUUCAGUCGCAGCCGAGAGGAACUCUUGAAUACAAGCAUCUAUGAAUUAUCUCCGCGCAGUGUUCCGGCGCCAGACAUUGCGUCGCUGAGUGGCGCGCUGGGCGCUGCCAUUACCACGCGCACCCCACAGGCCAUUCAUUCUGUUCGCGCCCAACGGAAUAUGCACUUUUCUCUCCGAGUGACGCCAAUAUUUGAAGACGAGACCCUGAUAUACGUCCUGCUCGAAGCGCACUCCAUGGGAGCUGAACAGCCGAAACACAAUAUUAACGAACAAAUCUACCUGAAUGAGACCUAUAAGAUUCUCGUCGACACUGUGAAGGACUAUGCAAUCUUUAUGCUAGACACUCGGGGCUACAUCGCGACAUGGAAUUCCGGUGCCGCUAUUCUGAAGGGCUACACAGCGGACGAGAUCAUUGGGAAGCAUUUCUCCAUCUUUUACGGGCGCGAAGAUUGCCAGGCGAACAAACCGGCGCGAGAGUUGGAACUCUGUAUACGAGAUGGCAAAGUGGAAGACGAGGGUUGGCGCUAUCGAAAGGACGGGGUUCGCUUUUGGGCAAACGUUAUGAUCACACCCAUCUAUCAGCUUGGCCGACACGUAGGGUUCGUGAAAGUGACCCGCGAUCUCACGGAGCGCAGGGCCGCAGAAGAACGCCUAAUUGAAGCAUUCGAAGAGUCGUCAAAACUCAAGACUGAAUUUUUGGCGAACAUGUCGCACGAGCUGCGCACUCCCAUGAACGGAAUGAUGCUGGCCUUGACGAUGUUGAUGAGAACGCCUUUAACAAAUGAUCAGCAAGAGUAUGCGUCCAUCUUGGAAGACUCCACUACGAUGUUGUUGCAAGUCAUCAAUGACGUACUGGACUACUCGAAAUUGUCAUCCGGCUCUUUUUCUCUAAAUACGGACGUGCUGAACGCACCCAAUAUUGUGAACGCUGUCAUUCGGAACUGCCAGCCAGCUCUGAAGCCUGGAGUGGUUCUGGAGAGUUUUAUCGCCUCGAAUUUCCCCAAAAAUAUCAAAGGCGACCCGCUGCGUUUCCGGCAGGUGGUCCAAAACUUGGUGAGCAACGCAGUAAAAUUUACCGAGAAAGGUUACGUCCAUGUUAAAGCAUCAUGCUCGGUUGAUCCGAAUGACCCUCAGUCGUACAUUGUGUCUGUUCAAGUUGAAGACACUGGUAUUGGCGUACCCGAGGCCGCCGUCAACACGCUCUUCACCCCCUUCACGCGAUUUGCAGACUCUGCCACACGUCGUUAUCAGGGAACGGGGCUGGGCCUUUCCAUAUGCAAGAGUCUCGCAGAAUUGAUGGACGGUGCCGUCGGAUUUCAUGCCAACCCAGAACGAUCGGGUAGCGUGUUUUGGAUUCGGGCCAAGAUGCGGCGCAUCGACUGGCCCGCCCUCCGAAUUCCUAAGAGCAUCAAACCAUCGACUCCAGAAUCCACGACCGUGGACACCUCCGCUCUCCUUCAUAAGGUCGCCGGACAGAAACAAAUUCUGCUGGUCGAAGAUAACAAGGUGAACCAGACGAUCAUGAUCAAACUCCUGGCAACCCUAGGGUUCCAGAGAAUAGAUGCCGCCUGGGACGGCGCGGAGGCUGUGCGUAUGGUCAAGCAAAAGCCGCUGGCGUAUCAUGUGAUUCUGAUGGAUAUCAACAUGCCGGUGAUGGAUGGCCUGAUGGCGACCGAGCAGAUUCGACAGAUGAGAGUAGAUGUGCCCAUCAUUGCGUUGACUGGGAAUGCUUUGAAGGGUGACGCCGAGACGUAUCUUGCCAAAGGCAUGAAUGAUUACAUUGCUAAGCCUUUGCACCGUCAACAGCUGGUUGACAUGUUGUGGAAAUGGUGCGGACCUGAAGCUGGCGGAAGUUGA